GUGGCGUCGCUGGGAGUUAAGAUAUAAAGGGACGGGGUGACUGCUUGUCACCCACACUAUACAGUGUUACUGUUACAGUGCGGGAGUGGAACCGAUGAGCUCAAUCAAAGUUGACCAGCUCGUGCAAUAUUGCAUCUUCCACUCAACUAAUACAAGGAAAAUAAUCCAGGCAGGAGCAGAUAUGGAAACCAUGAACGAGUUGAUACCCUUCGCCAAGGAAAUGCUGAGCCAAAAACCCAACAGGCAGAUGGUAAAACUUUACGUGGUAGGCUCGGUGCUGGCUUUCUUUGGGGUGGUCAUAGGACUGGUCGAGACCGUCUGCUCCCCGUUUGUGUCCGGGGAGGACGAGGAGCAGCCGCUGGAUGGCGCAAUUCCCAGAAAGCUGAGCAAAGAGGAGGAGAAGAAGCUGCCAGCAGAACAAAGGCAGCUAGUGAGGAAUGGAUCGUAUAGGAAACAUGCCUCCUGAAGCUCGAGGCAUAUGAGGGACUGGGCUGCAGUGCAGCCUUCAGUGACUGAGAUUCAUGAUUUACUGCAAACUCAAACCGAGGGAGUUUCGGUAAUGAGCUCGCAGAUGCAGCAAUUUGCUGUUGUGCAGCAGUGUUUAUGCAUUUAUAUUAUUCUGGUAUCUGUGAAUAGUUUUUAUAUUUACAUAAAUAUAUACUGUUGUACAGUAUUUCAUUUAUGUGCACUUCUGCAUUCAAUAAACUGAAU